GGAAAUUUCUUUCUUACGAAUUCGUCCUAAUUUACGAAUUGGCAAAAGGAAGAAAAGACGCAAUUUUUUGGUUCGGUUUUGAUCAUUUGUGUUAGUUCGAAUCAGUUCGCAUUGAAUUACGAAUUCGCAAAACAAUGGUAAAACGCGAAUUGUUGCAUCAUUUUUACGCCCAAAAAUUGCGAUUCGUCAAUUCGUCUUUAGACACUUUGUCCACACUAAUGGUUUUGCUUGGGCAGUGAAGAUCAUGAUCAAAAUGAAAUUGAAGGAGAAGAAUACGACGAAGAAGAAAUAAUUGAAGAAAUUUUGAGUGAAGAACAAGUCAAAUUUGGCAGCGAAUUCGUCGAUUCGUCAACAUCGACUAUACCAAUCCGACACUACGAUGCGACAGAUAUCUCGGUGGUAUUAUUAAUGAUUAAAAAGAAACAUAAGUGUACAAAUAGUCUCAUGAUUGACAUAUUGAGAUUGUUAAGAAUAUUAAAAGUUUCAAAUGUUCCGUCAUCUUGGCACAAAUUAAAACAGCUCAUUGGAAGAACAGAUGAAGAACUGCAAGAAAAGCAACAAAUGAUUGAAUCAAUUUUAUAUUUUUGUCCUGAACGUGGACAACAAUCAAAUAAUCAGAGCAAAUGUACAAAUCCGAAUUGUUCCUAUAAUACAAACACGUCCCAGGACGAUGAAAACGAGAUAAAAAAUGACGCGUUUAUGGCUCAUUAA